AUGUUAGCUGAUAUGUUUGUGUUGGGUUUUACAGGAAAGAUGAGGAUGAUGUUAAUGAUAGCGUUUGGAUUGCUACUGAGCAUGUCCAUAGCGGAAUGCAGUAGGCCUGUCGAUGAUGCAAGAAUCCUUGCAUCAUGUAAUCCAGCUGGAUUUUUGAGUGGCAUAUCCAACGACUGCAAUCGUCACCACGGCGCAGAAUGCUGCGAGACGGGGCAGCGAUAUCCACAAUUCAAAUGCUCACCCCCAGUCACAGGCAUUACUAAGGCCACACUCACUCUCAAUGGAUUUGGUAAUGGCGAUGAUGGAGGAGGGGCUUCGGAGUGUGACGGGGACUUUCACAGUGACGACGAAAAAGUUGUUGCUCUUUCUACUGGCUGGUACGCCGGUGGCAGCCGCUGCAAUGACUUCAUACUAAUCACCAAUCCAGAUAAUGGACGAUCCGUGAGGGCCAAGGUGGUGGACGAGUGUGACUCAGUCGCUGGCUGUGAUGAUGAGCAUGCCUUUCAGCCCCCAUGCAAAAACAAUAUUGUCGAUGCCUCUCCAGCCGUAUGGAAAGCCUUGGGAGUCGACAAUUUUGAGGAUGUUGGUGUGAUGAGUAUCACAUGGUCUGAAACUUAA